UUCACUCCGGAAACAGUGGCCCGAGCUUCUUGGCCCAUACGCUCCCGGCGUCCUCUGCGUUCCGGCCUCGCUCUCUCCCCUCCCGCCGGUCUUACCGGAGGUUCUAGCGUGGGUUCGGGCCGCCGGCCGCGGCAUGGCGCAGCUUGAGGGGUACUACUUCUCCGCGGCCCUGAGCUGCACCUUCCUGGUGUCCUGCCUGCUUUUCUCCGCCGUCAGCCGCACGCUGCGGGAGCCCUACAUGGACGAGAUCUUCCACCUGCCGCAGGCGCAACGGUACUGCGAGGGCCGCUUCUCCCGGUCACAGUGGGAUCCCAUGAUCACUACGUUACCUGGUUUGUACCUGGUGUCAGUCGGUGUGGUCAAACCUGCCCGCUGGAUCCUUGGAUGGUCUGAACACGUUGUGUGCUCCGUUGGGAUGCUCAGAUCCGUUAAUCUUCUGUUCAGUGCUGGCCACUUCUAUUUACUGUAUUUGCUUUUCAGAAAGGUGCAACCCAGAAACAAGGCUGCCUCAAGUAUCCAGAGAAUCUUGUCAGCACUGACGCUGGCAGUAUUUCCGAUCCUCUACUUCUUUAACUUCCUUUAUUAUACAGAGGCGGGGUCUGUCUUCUUUACCCUUUUUGCCUACUUGAUGUGUCUUUAUGGCAAUCAUAAAACUUCAGCAAUGCUUGGAUUUUGUGGCUUCAUGUUCCGUCAAACCAACAUCGUCUGGGCUGCCUUCUGUGCUGGCCAUGUCGUUGCGCAGAAGCUGACCGAGGCUUGGAAAACCGAACUGCAGAAGAAGAAGGGAGAGCGGCUCCCCCCCAUCAAAGGCCCGUUUGCAGAGUUCUGGAACGUCCUGCGGUUCCUCCUGUUGUACUCCUUGUCAUUUAAGAACUUGCGUGCACUUGUCAUUUUGACAUGGCCCUACUUCCUUCUGCUGUGUGGGUUUUGUGUUUUUGUGGUUGUUAAUGGAGGCAUUGUUAUUGGUGACCGGGGCAGCCAUGAGGCCUGUCUUCACCUCCCUCAGCUCUUCUAUUUCUUCGCGUUCACUCUCUUUUUCUCCUUCCCCCACCUACUGUCUCUGACCAAAAUUAAGGCUUUUCUUUGCUUAGCUUGGAAACGUAGAGUUCAGUUUUUUGUGAUUACCUUAGUCUCGGUAUUUUUUGUUUGGAAGUUCACUUACGUUCAUAAGUUCUUACUAGCAGAUAAUAGACAUUACACAUUCUAUGUGUGGAAAAGAAUUUUUCAGAGACAUGAAAUUGUGAAAUAUUUGUUAGUCCCAGCCUACUUGUUUGCUGGUUGGGCUAUAGCUGACUCUUUGAAAUCAAAAUCAGUUUUCUGGAAUUUAAUGUUUUUUGUGUGCUUGGUGAGCGCUACAGUUCCUCAGGAGCUCCUGGAGUUCCGGUACUUCAUUUUACCCUACUUGAUUUAUAGGCUUAAUAUACCUCUGCCAUCCGUAUCUAAACUUGUUUGUGAACUGGGUUGCUAUGCAGUGGUUAAUUUUCUAACGUUUUAUAUCUUUCUCAACAAAACUUUCCAGUGGCCAAAUAAUCAGGACAUCCAAAGGUUUAUGUGGUAAUGGCAAGGGUAUUUUCAACUUUAAAAGUAGACUAUUUCUAUACCAAAUAAGUAGAAACUGUGGAAUUUCUUGUAGGUAAAUCCAGGAAAUAAAAACAAAUCCAGGUAAAUAAAAAGAACUAGGAAAGUUUGAGACCUGCCUAAAAGCCUGAAUAAUGAGAAAAUAAGUUGUUUACAGCUAUCUCAUGAUAUCUCUGAUCUAGCUUCUCAGAAGUUUUGGAGACCAUUUAUAUUUACAAAUUUAGAGAAUGAGGUGUACUCCAUAGCUUUAGACCUAUACUGAUGCUCAAAGAAUAGCUGUGUUUAAGAAAUAUUUACAAAUGACCCAGAAAUAGUUAUGGCUGAAAAAUUGAAUGUUUCAGUAAAUAUAGUUUCAAUCUUAAGUUGGAAUAGACUUUGCAGAUGUAAAUUAUAAACUAAUUAUAAACUAGAGGUUCAGAAAUGUUUAUUUAGGAAUCGGGUUUUUUUUCUUUAAAAUAGAAAUGAAUAACCUGUCUCAACUCAUUUCUAAUGUCAAUUAUAUAAUGGCCAAAGAUAAAUCAUGUUAAUUGCAAUACCUUUUAGAGAUUUUCUUUCUGAAAUGAUCACUGUAUGAGUUACCCAGGGCUCUUGUACAAAAUUAUGGUCACAUUUAAAAAUUUCUCAGGCCUCCAGGUAGCAGAGCCUGGAAUCAGUGUUAGCAGAGCUGGUCUUUGAGGAGACCCUCCCUGCACCAGUGGUGUCAGUGGCUGGCUGUGCUUUCCUUGGUUUUCACCACAUCACUCCAGUUUCUGCCUCGACAGUACAGGGCUGUCUCCACUUUCUGCUCUUAGACAGACAAUGCCACUGGAUUUGGGACCCCUAAUACAAUCUAAUAGAAACAGAUUUAAUCUUAGGACGCUUAAUCGUAUCUGCAAAACCUUUUCAAAUAAGGGCACAUUCACACGUUCCAGGCAAACAUUUUGUGGAAUAACAACAACAAAAAAUUAGGGUAAACGUAGGAAGACUUACUUAGGAAGUAAUAUCUUCGCUGAGAUCUUCGAAGUAAAAUUUUGUCUCUGAGGCUCAAAACCAGUGACUUAUGAGGUCAUGUAAAUAAAAUUGAUAUUUGAUCCUCUCACCCAAACAAACCAGAAGCGUUCAAAGGUGAGAAAUCAUUUGUAUUUUACAAAUUAGGGAACAUACUGAUUUUGAGGGAGAAGUUGUUAGGUUUUUUGUUUGUUUGUUUGUUUGUUUGUUUUGUCCUAUUUUAAUUGUUUAAAGUUUAUUCAUUACGUUAUUAUUCCUUUAUGAGAAAAUGUCGUAAAGUCAUGUUAACUUUUUUUAAGUCAUGUUAACUUUACAUGUAAAUGUGAAACUGAAUAGAGCUCAAUUUUUAACUGAUUUUAUCUUUGAGUUUUUUAAAGAAAACCGAUUUUCCUCUCAUUGUUGGAUUAUGUUUUCUCAGAGUUUUAAAUAUGUAGAUUUGUGAAGUACUCUUCAUACAGGAGCUUAGAAACCAUUCUGGUAAAAAUUCCAAGUGUAGUCGUAAGUGCUUGAUUCACACCAUUUCUUUGCCUAAUAUUUGGAAGGUAAAUGGACUCAAGUACUUAACAGUGAUUAAAGAGCACAUGUAUGUUACCCCAAUGUUUUUAAUCAGAUGAGAAGGUAUACUCACAUCAUACUUUUCAGGAUGAAUUUAUCAUGAUGGAGAAUUGCAUCUUGGAAGCCCAAACUGAAAACCGUGCAGUGUCGUAAAAACAACAUAAUGUGGCAUCUGAUAGUCCUGAGCCAGGGCUUCUGUGCUUAGGAAGUGUUCUGAGAGGAAGAAGUUCUGCACUCGGAGUCUGGCCAUAAGGAGGAAAGUGCCUGACCCCUCAUACUGGCGGAAGACCUCUUCAGAGAUCCUCUUCCAGUUCAGUCUACAUAUUGAGUCACUUCUGUGCUUUGCGUCUUAAGAGAACGAAGGUCUACAGUGAGCAGUAGGCGAAACCACCCCAUUUUCCAAAAAAUACUUAAAAUACCAUAUGUGGCAUUUUAGAAAGGAAUGCUGUGAAUUACAAGGUGCUAUUACUUUUCAUUAGAGUUUAAAGCAGGUGCUGGUUGGUAGUUUUAUGAUAAAUGUUCGUUUAGGUUUUCUUGGUCAGUUGGCAGAAGAUGCUCAUUGACUGGUGUGUGCCUCAGCCCAUGUGACCUUACAUGUGUGAGAGAAGCUUACCAUACCAGGCAGCUUUCCUUUGCUGCUGGAGACACACAGGAACUCACCCGUGAAACAGUGUCACCUGAAAAGAUCCUUGCUUAAGUAGUUCAUUGUAUUUCUACUUUAAGCUUUGUUUCAAUAAUUGUCAAGUAAAUGUUUUAUUGAAUUUUAAAAAAUUAGACUUAAAAAGAGAUUGUAGAGGGCUGGAUGAUGAUCAACUCUGUGGUUAAGAGAGCAUACUGCUCUUACCGAGGACCAGAGUUCAGUUCCCAGCACUCGGGACAGGUGGCUCACAACCACCUGUAACUCCAGCUCCAAGGGGAUCUGUGCUGCUGGCCUCUGGGUACCUGUGCUCACAUACACUCCCUGACACAUAUAAUUAAAAAUAAACCAUAAAAUGUGAUUAUAGAAAAAAAUGAUUUGCUGAGAGUCAUGGAGCCUUGCAGUCUGGCACCAAUCUUCAAGCAGGGUUAUUUUAAAGCAUAUGAAAAGGUUGGAUCUUUUCUGUGCGUUGUUUUAGGCUCAGUAGUGAUUUUGAACUAGUUCUACCUUAAUUUAAAACGCAUAGACGUGGAACACUGCCUUCAGGUGGCAUCAGUGCGGUCGGAUGCUCUGUGUUUGCACACACAUGAGCUUUCUCUUCCAGGAUUGUAAAAAGCCUGACUCAGUCAGCGAUGUGGAAAUGUAGUGUGCUGUCACAUAGCUUGCCGUCUUGCAAGAAGAGUUGUCACUCCUUGGUCUUGUUCUCACAGUCACUUAGUGAAUGUCUUAGCCUGUUGUAAAAUACCUUUUAUGUAACUUAUUUCUAGUAAGAUAAUAGUGUAUUUCUAGUUUGAACUUAACUAAUUCAACAUUAUGUUCAUCCUAAUUGUCUGAUGAGGAGAGGAGAAAAGAUCUAGUGGGGAAAUCAGAUGAAAUAGGUAAAUUCAUGUUCAUUAGCUUAGAGAGCCUUAUAUUUUUUGAAGUGAUUAAAAAUGUUUUAAGUAGUUAAAACAUGAAAUGUGAUGUAAAUGUGAAGAAGCUUUUCCUGGUGGAAAUCAGAAUGUUAGCUUGUAGACAAGAACACAAACACAUGAGUUAGGAUAGCUGUAGUUGGUUCCUAAUGUCCGAUGAGGGUAAUGUGGCUGACUGUAGUCAGUGUCUGGUAUAUGUCUAGCGUUAUUUCAAAGGGGAUGCAUCCCCUAUUAUAUAGGCAUAAUGCUCACAAACAUGCCCUGUGAUAGGUACUGGAUAAAUGUAUAUUGAAUGGGAUUUUUAGUAUAGAAGGAAGCAAACACCCUAGAAAAGUACAACAGAGGCAAGUUAAUCUUGGGAAACAAACUGUGUCAUAGUGAGUCAUCCUGACCCAUUUUCUGCCUAAUUUCUGACAUUGUAUUGUUUUCUACUGAUUGGUGCUUAUAGAUUUUACAUAGAUAUGUGUAUUGUCUAUAAUAGAAUGUUAUUUUAAUAUUACUAUUUAUAGGAAAGGUAAUUUUAAUUUUAGUCAUUAAGUUAUAGCAGUUGAAUUUUUAAUGGUUCAUAAUAACUUUAAAAGAAGUGAAAUGUCAGCCAGUUAAAAGUAUUUUGUGUUAGGCUCUGUUUUAGCAUUCUAAGGAUGAUUCAGUUACCUUUAGUAGGAAAUAUUGAAUAUGAUGACAUAUUUCCAAUAUAAAUUGUUGAAAAAUUAGGAAUUAAAGAGAUACUGGUAAUGUAUUUUUAAUAUGUCCAUGAGUUAAGCACUAAAUUCCAUAACAUUUGGAAAUUAUUUGUAAAGUAAGUUUUGUGAUAAUAUGGUAAGCCAGUAUCUUUUUAAAAUGAUAUUAAUGAUAAUUUCAUUGUGCCGCAGUCACCAUUAAACCAAAAGAAGUUAGGGUAUGUUUUUCAAGAAAUGUGUAUUAAACAUUAUGUUGGCUUCACACCAGGAAAUUUGAUUAGGUUGAGCCAUGUGUGUGCAGCUGUCAUGUACAGGAUGGGGAAGAGAAGGAAGCGUUGCAGUGGAACCCUGCUGACUGAGUCACAGGUGCUGCCUCACUCCAUCCACGCAGCCAGAGAUGUAGAUGCUGCUCCAUCCGACCAGUGGAGAAGCUGAAGUCAGGCCUACCUGGCGGCUCCCACAAUCCAUUCUGUCUCAAAAUGAUCAUAAAAGGUUGUGAGCUUUUGACUGUGCUGUGCUGCCUUGCUAUGAAAGGUUUCCAUUAGAAGGAAAAUAUGGAGAGGAGUCUUUUUCUCUGUCCCAGCCAGACCCUGAAUGGCAUGUUAUGCUUUAUGUUGGAGUAAUUUCUCAAAAUGCCAGAAGGUUUGUAGAGGAGCAUGAACAAAAUGCUUAGUGCUUAUACUUUUAUUUCAAGACAAAUGAUUAAAAGAAUAUGAUGUGUUUAACUUGGAAAACCACAGAUUCUACAACAUAAUAAGCUCUGGUAAUUAUCUGAAGGUAUUAGACAUUCUACAUUGCUUUCAGUAUAAGUCAAACAACAACAAAUAGAUGUCAGUUGUGGAAAACAUACAUUUUAUAAAAUUACUUAGUGUCUGUGGGGGUACAGACCUCCCUAGAAGGAAUUUUUCUAUUUAAUAGAAAUAAAAUUUCAUGAGAAAAACUUUAGUGAAUUGAGAAGUAGGUGUGGCAUAAUGUCUUUUAAAGUAUCUCAAAAUGCCAUCGCUUAAAAUUUAUGUUUGCUGUGGCUAAUAGUCUUCCUCUUAGUUGGUAAGUCAUGUCCAAGUAUUUCCUGAAGCAUUUUGUUUCUAAAUAAAAGCAGAUUUCUAACUUUUGUUAACCUGCUUUUAGAAGCAAAUUGAGUUAUACAACCUAGCCAAAGAUUAUAUUUCAUUGUACCAGUAAGACAGUGUUUAUCUUGCGUACAUGUUCAGUCCUAUAUCAGAAAAAAAAAAUGUGCUUUUAAGUUUUUCCUCCUAAUGAUAAAUAGGGUAAGUAUUGUCUGUAAAAAAAAAAAAAAAAAUUAUUGCGCUGUUUACUAGGUGGUGGCAGUUUGCUACAUCUUCAAGUAUUAUUAAACUUUUUAAUAGUUUUGUAUUAUCUUAAACCACAAAGAUCUACAAUUAUCCACAUUUUUUUAUUAUACUUUGCUGUUUUUUGAGACAAGGUCACAUGUAGUCCAGGCUGGCCUGGAACUUGCCAUGUAGCCAAGCAGGACCUUGAACUCCUGACUCUCCUCCCUCUACCUCGAGCACUAGGAUUGCAGGCAUACAGCAUGCCUGGUUUGUGCAGUGCUGAGGAUCAGACAUAGGGCUUUGAACUUGCUAAGCAAGUGCUCUACCAGCCGAGCUACAUCCUAGCCCUGCUUAUUAUACUGUUCCUGAGAGUGUGUCCUGAGCUACGUGAAGUGAAGAUAAAUGUAAUACAGGAAUUCACUUGUUUUGUUACAGUAUAUGAGAUGAUGUAGCUAAUGUGUUGUGUGAGUUUACUUCAUAAGGCUAUUUCCCACAAACAAGUGCUAGUGGUGAUGCAUUUGAAAAGUCGGCCUGUUCACUUACUGUGUUUCUGAAUUCGCCUGUACUAAUUUGUACCCACAUACGAAAAGUCAAGCAGAGGGAUCUGCCCAAGAAUACAAAGGAACUGGUUGACCUUGGGCUUUGAGUAGGUGGCCUGACCGAAGUCUGUUGUCUACACUGCACUUGGUUUGAAGGAGUGAGAAAAGACACAAAGUCUGCUUCGCUUUUACAGCAGUUUAGAAAAAAGUUGCCAUGGAAAAUGUGAUUAUACUUUCUACUUUUCUAGAUCAAAAAAAGUGAGGCACACACUCAUUGUGGCUCUUUCAGAGCAGAUAAUCUUCCCUCUCCCGUCCUAUCUUCUGUUGUUUUAGCACAGUGCCUCAAGUUGUUAUACACACACAACUCACAACUAAGGGCUGAAGACUUCAGCCAUGUUCAUUUGCAAGGAAGUAAAGACCUUUGUUACCAAAUAGGGGUACAGUUUAAAAAUUAGUUUCUCAAAAACUGGAAAUAAAUUGUUGGUUAAAAAUGACCUAUUUUUUUUUUUUAUUUUGGAAAGAACUUGGUCUUUUAUUUUUAAAAUAUGUGAGUAGAUGUUCUAGAUACUUUUGUAAAACGUAUUACAUUUUGUUAGAGUCAAAAAUGGAAAUAUUUGACUUCAAAACUGUGAUUCAUGUUAUUUGAAACUCUUGAA